AUGUCGACCCGCCGCACGCGCUGCGGCAAGUGCGACGGCUGCCUGGCCGUGGAGUGCCGGAAGUGCAAGCACUGCCUGGACAUGAAGAAGAACGGCGGGCCCGGCAACCUGCGGCGGCCCUGCGUCGACCGCGUCUGCCGCGCGAUCCAGGCCGCGCCGACGAAGAAGGAGGUCGCCGAGCGGAACAAACCAAAAUCAGAGUACGGCACGUACAAGGGCGGCGAGGAGCAGAAGGGCGGCGGCCUCGAGGGCCAGCUCGCGGCCGAGCGGUGCCGCGCCGAGGCGGCGAAGCACGCGAAGGCGCCGCCGCCGCCCCGCGUCAUCGGGGGCGAGACGUUUGUGUGCAAGGACUUUAUCCGGUUGGCGAAGGCGCUCGAAGUGACGAUGCGCGGCGACGGGUCGCUGGACUACGAGGCGGCCUCGGCCAUUCUACUAAAGGAGGAGCCGGCGCGCGUGAAGUAUAUUGAAAAGCUGAAGGAGGAGGUGCGGCUCUGGGACGAGGGCGUGCCCGAGGAGAUCGUCCCAGAUUGGGUCCCGGAGGCGCGCAAGGCGGCGGACGCCGAGGAGAAGAGACAACAAAGGUGGACGCCCGCGCGGUGCCGCGCGCUCUGGCGGUGGGGCGCCUACGGCUACGACGAGAAGGCCGAGGGCGUGCUCGACCUGGCCGAGAGCGACGACGACAUCGUCACGAGCUUUCUGGAUCCCUUAACAAUGGCUGUCGGCAAGAGGGCGCCCGGCCCGGCGCGCGACGCGGACACGUAUUUGGGUGUCGCGGACCCGGACACGCGCGUGCCGCGCGAGAUCGACGAAAAGGAGCUCGAGGCGCUUCGGGCCAAGUACCCGGCGCCGCCCAGCCCGCCGCCCGCGCCGCCCGCGCCGCCGCCGGCCCCGGCCGGCUCGUCGUCGUCGUCGUCGUCGUCGGACGAGGGCCCGGCGCCGAUGGACGUCGACGAGCCGCCGCCCGCGCCGGCGCCGGCCCCGACGAUCCACCGGCCGUCGUCGGACGCCGAAAAGGCCCAGGUCGACAACGACGGGUGGAUCGUGAAAGCUUUGUACAAGGAGCAGGAAGAUUGGGACGCCCUGCUCACGAAACCGGAGUACGACGAGCUGCGGCGCGGGCGCACCAUCGAGCAGCUCGAGGCCGCGAUGACGACGUGGAUGUGCUACGGGUCUAAGAGGUAGGAGUUUC